GCUUCAGUACUUUGUCUCCUGGAGUAAAUGCAGAACUUGUCUGCACCACGACUGGGACAAGACUUUUUCUUUCCUUUUGUGGGAAAAAGCACAGCUAAAAGUCUAUUUCUCUGUGCGUUGCUGCUUUAGAGCGGUGUCCAGUAGCAGAUCACCUGAGAAAUGGCUCCCCUGAAAUGCUCCUUCCACAAUGACGUGAUAGAAUCGUUAGUGAUCGCCUUGCUGACGCUGGAGUUUGGGCUGGGCCUUCUGACCAAUGUCAUUGCCCUAUGGACCUUCUCCUUCCGCCUCAAGGUGUGGAAGCCUUACUCGGUCUACCUGUUCAACCUGGUCAUUGCCAGCCUCCUGCUGACCGUCUGCCUACCCUUCCACAUCACCUUCUACCAGAGACGCAAGACGUGGAGCUUCGGAGACACGUCCUGCCAAGCCCUGCUCUUCCUGCUGUCCCUCAGCUGCGGGGUAGGGGUCGCCUUCCUGACCGCUGUGGCCUUGGAUCGCUACUUCCGAGUGCUCCACCCUCAUCUCAAGGUCAACCUCCUCUCGCCUCGGUGGGCCUGGGUCAUCUCAGGCUGUGUCUGGCUGCUCAUGGUGGUGCUCACCCACCAAAGCUUAUUGGUCCCCGAGGCUGCCGGGAACAGCACGGAAUGCCGCAGCUCCUACCCCCGGGAAGAAUUCUCCUUCAGCGUCUGGCAGGAGGCUGUCUUCUUCCUCCAGUUUCUUCUGCCCUUCGGCCUCAUCUUGCUCUGCAAUGCUGGGAUCAUCAGAAUGCUCCAGAAGAGGCUCCGAGACCCGGAGAAGCAGCCGAAGCUGCAAAGAGCCAAGGCGUUGAUCACCAUGGUGAUGGUCCUGUUCGGACUCUGCUUUCUGCCCAGGAUCCUGGCCAGGAUCUUGAUGGACAUCUUCUGGAGGUCAGAAAGCUGCCAGAUGCGGAGAGUGGUGGAGCACACCUCCGAUGUGGCCAACAGCCUCAUCUACCUCAACAGCGUCCUCAACCCUGUGAUCUACUGCUUCUCCAACUCGACUCUCCGCUACUCCUACAGGAAGGUCUCCAACACUCUCUGGGGCAGGAGACAAGAAGCAGAGCCUCGGGGUUCUGACCGCAAAGACUCAUACUCCUGAGGACAGAGCGCUUCCUCAACUGCCUUUUUUGUGAGAACUACUUGGGAUCUAGGUGAUAAUAACUAUUAUUACAGGGCCUUGGAGAAAGAGGGGCUCCAAGCCAGGACAAAGUCCCGGCAGGAUUGCUGCAGGGUUUAUGAUAGAGUGUGUUUCCCAGGAUUUCCUUCUGCUAUUUCACAUUACAAAGCAGCAAAGUAAAUUCACAAGCCAGAGAGAGCAGUCUUCAUACCAAGCUAUGACGCAGAUUAAACGGCUAAGUUGAAAACCCAGGGGUUACUGCAGAUCCAUAGUUGAGGAAAUAUAACUGGAUGGGUCAGUCCCGGGUGAGAAGCUGGAGAGCUGGUGUCUCUCACACGCGGUUUGUCCUUGGCAAGUCAUUUGCGUUUUCUGUCCUUCAGUUAGCAGGAGCAAAAACGUCUCCCUGUUCUCACCGACCGCACAGACCUGUGAUCAUCAGCGUGGGAAGGGCUUGGGGCUCUGAAAAGAGGCUCCAGAGUAGCGAAUGGCGUGUCAAAGGGCUUGGGGGCACAGUGUGACCAGAUGGAGGAGUGUCUCCCCUGACGAAGAUUCUCCGCCGUGAACACACUCUGGGCCGGGCCUGCGUCCUUGCCGUCCCGCUGAAGAGAAACGUCCCCUAUUUUCAUCCACAGCCAAUUGCGGGUGCAGCUUCGUCUAAUCUAACAUUUUAACGUGAACGUUUUCAGUGUGGUGAUAAGCUCUCCACGAGCGUUUAUUUAUUUAUUUUUGCUUGUUUUCUUUAAUCGUGGUAAGAUGUACAUAACAUGAAAUUCACCAUUUUGACCACUUUUGAAUGCGCCACCUGGUGGUGUCAACUGCAUUCAGAGUGUUGUGUGGCCAUCGCUACUAUUUCCAGGUCUUUAUCACCCCGAACAG